ACUUAAUUUCAUUUCUAUACAGAGAGAGCUCUGCUAGAUCCACUCCGCUGCUCUUCGCAUUUCCUCAGAGAAAUGCGAACCUAAAGAUCUAUCCAUCCGUUUGACCCGAGAAUCACGCGAUUUUUAGAGAGAGAGAGAUACAGACAGGCAGAGUGAUGGGGUGCACGUUUUCCGGUCUGAAUGCUCUGUACGACGCCGUUAACGGAGGAGCAGAUGUUUGGAUCAAUGAGAACAGGUUCCGAAUCGUCAGGCAGCUUGGUGAAGGUGGUUUCGCCUACGUCUACUUAGUCAAGGAGGUGGUCACCGACUCUUCUGCUUCCGCCGGUGGUGGCGGUAGUGGACUUGCCAAGAAAGUCAAGGACACUUCUCAUCUCUCUGAUGAUGGAACUUAUGCAAUGAAGAAAGUUCUCAUUCAGAACAAUGAGCAAUUGGAGUUGGUUCGUGAAGAGAUUCGCGUCUCGUCCCUGUUCAGCCACUCCAACCUGCUUCCUCUUCUUGAUCAUGCUAUUAUUGCUGUAAAGACUAAUCAAGAGGGCUCUUGGAACCAUGAGGCUUAUUUGUUAUUUCCAGUUCACUUGGAUGGAACAUUACUGGACAAUUCAAAAUUCAUGAAGGCUAAAAAGGAGUUCUUUUCUACUUCAGAUGUUCUUCAAAUAUUUCGUCAGCUUUGUGCUGGACUGAAACAUAUGCACAGUCUUGAUCCUCCAUAUGCACACAAUGACGUAAAACCUGGUAAUAUACUUCUAACACGUAGGAAAGGACAACCACCUCUUGCCAUAUUGAUGGAUUUUGGGAGUGCUCGACCAGCAAGGAGGCAAAUCCGAUCUCGAUCAGAUGCCCUAAAGUUACAGGAAUGGGCAUCUGAACAUUGUUCAGCACCGUUUAGAGCUCCUGAGUUGUGGGAUUGCCCAAGCCAUGCAGACAUUGAUGAGAGAUCAGAUAUUUGGUCAUUAGGGUGCACGCUAUAUGCAAUAAUGUAUGGGGUAUCCCCAUUCGAGUAUGCACUUGGAGAGUCUGGAGGGAGCUUACAAUUGGCCAUAGUAAAUGCUCAAGUAAAGUGGCCGGCUGGACCUAACCCUCCAUAUCCAGAAGCUCUACAUAAGUUCGUGACCUGGAUGCUUCAGCCACAGGCAGCAGUUCGCCCUUGCAUUGAUGAUAUUAUAAUUCAUGUUGACAAGUUGAUCUCGAAGUUCUCACAGUGACAUGAAAUGGGACAAAAAUGGACUGCAUUGACAAUGCAGCAACUGGCCGUCCACUUUCAGCAAUUUGGUUGCGCAGAAGUGGAUGCAGAUGUUCUAAAUACUUGAAAAUGGCAGUGAAAGAAAAUAGGAAGUUACUUGUUAAAAAGAGUUACAGUUAUAGAGAUGGUUGCUUCUUCGUCCUUCUUUCUUUUCCUAUUUUUUUUUUCUUCUUCCUUGUCACUGUGUUGUCACAACUAUCUAGUUCUGUUCUGUAAUUUAUUAAAAGAUCAUCCUGUAGCAGCCCAAAAUUCAAUCUCUUAGUUGAACCAUAAUAAUUGGCGAUGGUUGCCCAUUUAUGUUUACAGGACGCAUUCAUUUUAUUCCA